GCAAAAUCAAUUUACAUUACUCAUGAUAAGAAAGUACACACUUUCGCCCCUUCUAUGCGGGGCGAAAAGCCCUCUUUUCAUCCCGGCACUUUCGACCCGCGUCAACUAAACACGUACAGAAGUUUUCCACCCGCGUUAACCAAACACAAGCCGAAACCUAUCGAAAAGAUAACAAACGCGAGUAGGCUUACAUGAGUAACACAUUGUUAUGAGAUUAUUGAGAUUUUUCUGGGUUUUGCGUUAAUCAAGCAUUGAAUUAUUUUGUUGUUUGUGAAGUCAAAAGUGUGUGGUUAUGGUCAGUUCUUUCGUCAUGUGCAUGUGCUGUGUUUGUUCGAAUUUUGUUUGAAUAACGAUUUAUUUAUCUUACAUAUUUCAUUACCCAUGUAAUUAAAAUUAAUAACUUGCACAAUAUUAUACUCUGCAUUCUGCAGAGACUCAAGACUCAACUGAAUACCAUGGUCCCCACAUACUAGCAGCGACGAAUGCGUAUACUUUCUUAUAAUUCGUAAUGUAAAAUAUCUUACAUUAUAAGGUGUGAGAGUGAACUUUUUAACGACGAGUAAAUUUUGCUUCACUCGCCUUCGGCUCGAUCAGCAAACUUUUGCUACCUCACUCGCUUCGCUCGUUCGGUAGCAGUUACUUCCCUCACCUUCGGUUCGUUCAGUAAACUCGUCCACUUCACUCGCCUUCGGCUCGCUCAGUGAACAAUACUCGUCGUUAAAACGUCCACUUUCGCCCCUUAUGGUGUAAUAUACUAUUCCAUUUCCAUGCUGCAGCAUUACGCAAAUACCAAAAGCCAACAAAAAAUUUCGACUUCGGUUUUUUGCUUUUUUUUUUCGUUCUGUGAGCCGAAAAUGUCCAAUUUCUCGGUAUUUUUUCGCGAUUUAUAAUUUAAAUAAGUGAAUUUUACUGCGAAAAAGUAGAUCAGACAUCUUCACUUCAGAAUGGUUGUGCGAAAAUACGAAGAUGAGCUCAAGUAUUUGGAGAAAAUCUCCCCUUACUGUUGGAAAAUCAAGAAGGGAUUUCAACCAAACAUGAACGUUGAAGGAGUAUUUUACGUUAAUAAAAAUCUGGAAAGAUUGAUGUUAGAUGAAUUACGCAACUCCUGCAGGCCUGGAAUGGUCGGUGGUUUUUUGCCGGGUGUUAAGCAAAUAGCUAAUGUAGCUGCUCUUCCGGGUAUAGUUGGUCGAUCUGUUGGUUUGCCCGAUGUACAUUCGGGUUACGGUUUUGCCAUCGGUAAUAUGGCAGCUUUCGAUAUGAGCGAUCCUAAAGCAGUAGUAUCUCCAGGCGGCGUAGGAUUCGAUAUUAAUUGCGGAGUUAGAUUACUACGUACUAAUUUAUUCGCCGAAGAUGUCCUCCCAAUUAAAGAACAACUAGCGCAAAGUUUAUUCGACCAUAUUCCCGUCGGUGUCGGUUCCAAAGGUAUCAUCCCAAUGAACGCCAGAGACUUGGAAGAAGCUUUAGAAAUGGGUAUGGAUUGGUCUCUUCGAGAAGGAUACAUCUGGGCUGAAGAUAAAGAACAUUGCGAAGAAUACGGCCGAAUGUUGAACGCGGAUCCGUCCAAAGUCAGUAUGCGUGCCAAGAAACGAGGCUUACCCCAAUUGGGUACGUUAGGAGCCGGAAAUCACUAUGCCGAAAUUCAAGUAGUCGAAGAAAUUUACGAUAAAAACGCAGCUAGUAAAAUGGGUAUCGAAGAAACCGGUCAAAUAUGUGUGAUGAUCCAUUCGGGUAGCAGAGGUUUCGGGCAUCAAGUAGCUACAGACGCUUUGGUUGAAAUGGAGAAGGCUAUGAAACGUGAUCAGAUCGAAGUAAACGAUAGACAAUUGGCUUGCGCUCAUAUUAACUCUACCGAAGGUCAAAAUUAUCUCAAAGCCAUGUCUGCCGCUGCGAAUUUUGCAUGGGUUAAUCGAAGUUCAAUGACAUUUUUAUGCAGACAGGCUUUUGCAAAACAAUUCAAAAUGACGCCCGAUGAUCUAGAUAUGCAUGUAAUUUACGACGUAUCUCAUAAUAUAGCCAAAGUGGAAGAACAUAUUGUCGAUGGAAGACCAAAAACUUUACUAGUUCAUCGCAAAGGUUCGACCCGAGCGUUUCCUCCUAAUCACCCCUUAAUUCCUGUAGAUUAUCAAUUAACGGGGCAACCAGUAUUAAUAGGCGGUACUAUGGGUACAUGUUCCUACGUUCUAACUGGAACUGAAGCCGGAAUGAAAGAUACUUUCGGCUCUACGUGCCACGGAGCGGGUAGAGCGUUAUCACGAGCUAAAUCGAGACGUAAUUUGGAUUACACAGAUGUAUUACGAAAAUUAGAAGAGAUGGGUAUCUCGAUACGUGUAGCUUCGCCUAAAUUAGUCAUGGAAGAAGCUCCCGAAUCUUAUAAAAACGUCACCGAUGUCGUAAACACAUGCCACGAAGCGGGCAUUAGUAAAAAAACCUUCAAGCUUAAACCCAUCGCCGUAAUCAAGGGAUAAUUUUUUCUCCUCUUGUGAUCUAUAUUUAUUAUCGAGAUUUUUUUUUUACUUACCUGUAAAUAUAUUUAUUUUUUUAUCGAA